AUGGGUCUCGGUAUCCUCGAAGACCACAAGCUCAAGCAUGUCCCCGGGACAGCGCAAGUCCUCCAAAGUGAUAAGAGGAGGGAAGUCGAGCAGAACGUCGCGCGGAAUGCGAAUCUAAAGUACGACAAGACGGGCAAGAUCCUGCUCGUCCCCCAACCCUCAGAUGAUCCUAACGACCCCCUCAACUGGCCCAUCCGAAAACGCGACUCCAUCAUCGCCCUCCUCUCCCUCCUCUCCGUCAUCGCCUCAACCCUCUCCCCCCUCCUCGCCGCAAACACAGUCUCCCUCGCCAUCUUCUUCCGGCGCUCCCUAACCGACAUGGCCCUCUGCACAGGCUACCACCUCCUCGGCGUCGGCAUCUCCGGCUUCCUGAUCGUGCCCAGCGCACGCAUCUGGGGCAAGCGGCACGUGUACAUAUUCGGCACGCUGAUCAUCGUGAUAAGCAGCAUCUGGGGCGGCGCGACAGGGAAAAACUACGCCAGUUUCCUGUGGGCGCGCAUCUUCCAGGGCGUGGGACUGGCGCCGUUCGAAGCCCUCGUCAAUGCGUCCGUGGGCGAUAUGUACCAUGUGCAUGAGCGCGGGGUGCGCAUGGCGGUGUCGAAUUUUUGUGUGUUUGGCGGCGCGUUCUUCACGCCUGUUGUUGUGGGUGUGAUCAGUAAGAAUGUCGGGUAUGAGUGGACGUUCUACCUCGUUGCUAUCUUCGCCGGCGCUAUGCUGCCCCUUAUCGUGCUGUUCUGCCCCGAGACGACGUAUACGCGGGAUUCGAAGUUCGAUAUUGAUAGCAUGGGGAAUCUGCUCGUGGUGCAGGGCGCGGAGAUGAACGUCCUCGGCCCAGCAUCCGUCGCGCCGUCCACCAACGCGGGAGAAAGCGAACCCCACGGCGACAAAACAGCUAUCCUACACACCACCACCCAACAUCACACCCCUCCCCCGCCAAAAACAUCCUUCACACAAUCCCUCGCCCUCUUCUCCGGCCGCAAAACCCAAGCCCGCUACCUCCCCCUCCUCCUCCGCCCCAUCUCCCUCUUCCUCCACCCCGGCAUCCUCUGGUCCUGCCUAAUCCAAGGCACACUAAUCGGCUUCACCGUGCUAAUCGGCGUGGUCCUCGCAGCCAUCAUGCUCGGCCCCCCGCUCUGGUUCGGCGAGGUCGAAACCGGAUACAUGUACACCGGCGCCUUCAUCGGCGCGCUCCUCGGCUUCGCACUCACAGGCCUGCUAGCAGACUGGAGCGCGCGCGUGCUCACGCGCUGGAAUAACGGCGUGUAUGAGCCGGAGUUUCGCAUGCUGCUUGUUGUGCCGCAGCUUUUGCUGGGGGGCGUGGGGUUGUAUGGGUUUGGGUGGACGAGCGGGGAUGCGGGGAGGUAUGGGUGGUUUUUGCCUGAUUUCUUCUUUGGGGUUGUUGUGGUGGGGAUGGUUUGUGGGGCGGUGGGGAGCGCGUUGUAUGUUGUUGAUGCUUUUCGUGAUAUCUCGGUCGAAGCGUUUACGUGUUUGCUGGUGUUUAAGAACUUCUUCUCGUUUGCGCUGACGUUCAAGGGCUUUGAUUGGAUGGUUGAGGCGAGGAGUAUAAGGAAUGUGUUUAUUGCUGUUGGGAGCGCGCAGGUUGGUAUUUGUUUGUUGACGGUGCCUAUGUACAUCUUCGGCAAGCGCAACAGGAGUUUCUUCCAUCGGCAUAAUGUGUUCUUCAAGGCUACGGAUGCGGUUGCGGAGAAACUGACGUUUUGGUGAAUCUAUCUAGGGAAAGGAAAAGGGGUGGGUUUGGGGAGGACAAAGAGCUGGAAAGUAGAGAGGUAUGGAGGGUGGAGGGAGUAGUAAUGGAAUGAGAAGAGAGGAGUCGGAAU